UUUGGGGAAGACAGCGACUGAGAGAGUACGGCACUUGCUCGAAGUAACUGAAAACCAAACUAUUUUAUUUUCUUCAUUUCACAAAUGGCGGCAUCUCCAAAUUACGAAGCCUCCAUUAGUGAAACCCUAAACCCUUCCAUACCUGACCCACCACAACCAUCCAUUCCCCACCCAGUGAACGGCCACGAUUCAACCAAUGAGCCCCCACCAAACCCCACCAAUCAGCAACCGUCCGUUCCUCCAUCAAUGGACGACACCAAUUCCGGCGAGAAGCGCAAGAGGGAGGACGACUCAGCAGCAGACCGUUCCACUCACCCUCUAUGGAAGACCAGCCUCUGCUCCUACUUCAGGCGAGACUCUGGGUCUUGUAGCCACGGUAGCGAGUGCCGCUACGCGCAUGGCGAAGAGGAACUCCGGAUGCGUCCCGAUAACACCUGGGACCCAACCUCGGAGCGCGCGAAGAAGGCCAUGAAGAUAUCUGACGAGGACGGCGGCAAGAAAUGCGGGGUUUCUGUGGAUGUGAUGAUGACGGAGGCUGUGGUUGAUGAAGAAGGUGGUGGUCCCCACUCUGGACUUGGCAAAUGCUUGGUUCAUGUACCCAGAAGUUGGAAGUCGGAUAAGUUAAUCGAAUUUCUCACGGAGCAGGGAAUUGCUUUUAAAUCUGUGAAGAAGAAAAAAGGCAUGACUGUAGGUUUUGUGAGUUUUGAGACCAUGGAACAGUUACAGACGGCAACGGAGAAGCUAGAUGGGCAAUCUAUUGGAAACAAAAAUUUAAAAGUUCGAGAUGUCAUUGGGGGAUCAUGUUCUAAGAAGACCUACUCAACAAUGGCUCUCCCUCAGAACACGCAGAAAACUGCAGAAGAUGCAUUGCCUAGGGAGAAUGCAGAUGUACCUGCGUCUUUGAAUGGGACUGGAGAUGGUGAUACUAAUGAAGGCGAUGCUAAUGAAGGGAAUACAACAGUUGAUGAUUUCACCUCUAGUGGAAGAACUGCACGUGAUGUAGUGACACCCCUUGCCCAUAUGCCUUACGCUGAUCAGUUAGAGCACAAGAAGAACUCUAUUAUGCAGAUUCUCAAAAAGCUCACUAGAAAUGCACGUAAAGCUUGUCCCACUGGUGUUUCACUUCCAGAAUGGAUUCUCAAGUCUAGAGAAAUAGGUGGUCUUCCAUGCAAUUUAGAGGGUAUACUUGCAUCGCCUCUUGUAAAUGAAUACCGUAACAAAUGUGAAUUUUCUGUUGGAUAUUCUCUACAAGGAAAAAUAACUGUGGGAUUUAUGCUUGGAAAUUUUAGGGAGGGUGUGACUGCAGUUGAAGAACCUAUAGACUGCCCAAAUGUUUCUAGAAUUGCUUGCAAAUAUGCUUCAAUGUUUCAGGAAUUUCUUCAAAAUUCAAGCUUACCAGUUUGGAACAGAUUUAAAAAUACUGGAUUUUGGCGACAAUUGACGGUCCGUGAAGGAAGAAAGCCCGAGAAGGCGAGUGAUGCUGAAAAUUUUGAAGCCAACAUUGCUGAGGUCUUGCUUAUGGUUCAGGUUUCGACUUUGGGAUUUGAUGAUGCAUUGAUAACUAGUGAAUUUGAGAAGCUGUCUCAAGUUUUUUCUGCAGGAGCAGCUAAAAACUUUCCACCCUUGCCUCUAACAGCCAUAGUUGUUCAGGAUCAUCAGGGAAUAUCAAAUGUGGCCCCAGCAGAUAUUCCAUUGCGCCCACUUUUAAUUCCCAAAGCCAUUUGUAGUCCUGAACAGGAAGCCAUCAACAGUGUUGAAGAAGCAAGAAUUCAUGAUUAUGUAAGCUGUCUUAGAUUCCGUAUAUCCCCGACGGCUUUUUUCCAGGUUAAUACCCUUGCUGCUGAGAAGCUCUACUCACUUGCUGGGGAUUGGGCUGGUUUGGGUGCUGAUACUUUGCUAUUUGAUAUCUGCUGUGGAACUGGGACAAUUGGGCUGACUUUAGCUCAUCGUGUUGGUAUGGUUGUCGGCAUUGAAAUGAAUGCUUCUGCAGUUUCCGAUGCUCAUAGAAAUGCUGAAAUUAAUGGCAUAAAAAACUGUAGAUUUGUUUGUGGGAAGGCUGAAGACGUCAUGGGCUCUCUGUUGAAAGAGUAUGUGAGCAUGUCUCAGAAACAAAAUGGGAUUCUAGAUAUCCCUGAAAGUAGUGAUAAAUUAAUUUCCACUGCUGAAGAGAAUAAUAUCUCAACCGACAACUCACAAAACCCAGAAACAAAAUCAGGUACCUCAGUUGGCAACUUACCAGACCCUGAAGAGAGCUCAACUCAUGCACUUGAAAAUGGUAAAACUGCAUCUGAUAGUUUAGAAAGCAGCAUGCAAGAUCUUGGAAGCAAAAUUCAGAACUGGUACACUUCUGAAAGUGGGAAUCCUCAAAUUCAACAAUUCAAAGAUGUUGUUGCCAUUGUUGAUCCUCCACGUGGUGGACUUCAUCCCACUGUGAUCAAAGCUUUGAGAACUCAUCCAUGCCUGCGAAGGCUUGUUUACAUUUCCUGCAAUCCUGAAAGCUUAGUGGCCAAUGCCAUAGAGCUUUGUACACCAUCUGCUGAGAAAAUUGAAAGAGGGAACAAGGGCAAUAGAGGAUGGAGAAACAUGAGCUCUGCUGGUCUAGCACGGCAGAGAGUCAAGUCUAUGCCAGUUUCAGAGCCUUUCAGACCUGUGAAAGCCAUGGCCGUUGACCUUUUUCCACAUACUCUGCACUGUGAAAUGGUGAUGCUACUUGAGAGAUAGGUAAGAUCAAGUCAGAAAAAAAUUGGUUUGACAAAGAUCUUUGUCGUUAUAAGAAGUUUUUAUAGUAAUUUUGUUUAUACUAUUCUGGUAUCAAACUUGCUAUAACCGGAGGCUUUUCCCUUCAUCACCUGUCCUCCUGGAUUGUUGAGUGGCUCGUCAUUCUCUUAUGUAAAAUGGAAGAUCAAGGUCCUGAAAAUUAUUCGACUUAGAUUUUAUGAAAUUAUUUAUUUAUCA